AUGUAUAAUGAAUUAAAAAAAGCAUAUUCUAAAAAACUUCAAGACAAGUCUAAAAAGCAAGUCUUAUUUGAUAUUAGUAAUAAUGUUAAUGUUUUUUUUGAAGAAGAAAUAAUUAAUAAUGAAGAAUUUGACAUUAGACUCAUGCUUGAACACUGGCUUUUCCAAA